ACUGCAGCCAUAUCUGAGCCUACUGCGGUGAUUGAGUGCAUCUCUCUCGGGAUGCAGACACCAUACCGCGAAUGAUGUCAUCAGACUGGUGCUUUUUACUUUUCUUUACCCACUGUCAUUUCUUUUUUUCGUAAUUGUAUUUUAAUAUUAAUUACCCGAAGCGUUAAAGGUUUGCGUUAUCAAACACGAGCGGCGCAAGUUUUUCAGUUCACUCGUCGUGCCGCACAGGGUCGCUGGUGCCUGACAAGUGGCGCAAUCAUCCAAUAAAUUCGAAAUGUCCGAUGACAACUUUUAAAAUCAUUGUUUUUGCACGCAAAGGGCAGCGACGUCACCAGACGUGUUGGUUAUUUAACACACGUGCAACUGUCUGAUUUUGAUUUAAAACUGACAGGGUGAACAUGUUAGUUUUUUUCGGUGUUGUUGUUGUUUUAGGAAGAUGCUUUAAUGCAAACUCAGCUGGUCAAAAGUGAUGAAUUAAAAUAUGUUUACUCCCGGCAUCAAUGAUAUGAUGUUCCUGGAGCGCCAAACGCCCCCGCUCUGUGUCUGUUAUGUCUUUCCUUCUGGUCCCCUCGACGCGCAUUGGACGGGGUGACAAUGCGUAAGCUCCACAAACUGCAGUCUGUCUGCAUAAACAUAGAAGAACGAUGACUUGAAUCCGGACUUUCGCUGAAUAUAUGAAUCACCUGGUACCAAAGUAUCAUUAGAAGUGGAAGCUGAACGCUGAAUACGGACCUCUUGCGCUCUCCUCUGGCUCAUGUUGCGUGCAGCUGGAGUUGCGCUCAGGACUUCACGAAAAGCUGUCUGGGUGUGGAUGUACGCUGAUCUAUGCCGGGACUUGAACUUUUCUACUUUUAGAUAAUUUGCCUUAACACGAGGAUGGACGGAAAGUAUCGGACUUUACGCACUACAGCCAGCUUCAGGAGCCCGGUGAUGCAGAAAGAAGGGAGCUGGAAAAACUGACCGUCUGAGGACAGAGGAUUUCUGCGCUUCUUGGGAUAAAAAAAAAAAACCCCGCUAUAAAACAAACACAAAAUCGUUGUGAAAAUGUGUCAUAACUGGUCUUUCGCCAGUAAUCUAAGCGUUACCUCUUCUAAAAAGAAAAAUGCUGGAGAGACCGAAGCAAAGCUGAAGUUCUUUCUCUUCAGUUCUUGAAUUUUCCUGACAAAAACAAGUAGAUCAGACUUUCAAAACUGCUCACUCGAACUAUGAUUGUUCAGCAUUUGGAAACUAACGAUUGCAGCAUGAAAAGACGUGUUUUCAUUCUUCAUUUUUAGAAACCACACUGCACGUAGGAUGCUCUUCUUUGAACUAACACGCAUCGGCUUGCGCACUAAUUUUUGGGGGAAUUCGUGUUUUUUAACGGCUCAGAGAAACAUGUUGCACAUCCUUGCGCUUCAGUCGGUGGUGUUACUUUUGGGAGGCAGGAUGAAAGAGGUUAACUAACUCGCGUACAGAGGAGGAUUGUCAUCACCAAAGCGAUGCAUACCUAGAACCUGAUCACCUACUCACGAGCAGACAAAAGUAACCGACUGUCGAGUCUUAGAGGGGUUGCAGAGAUAUUCCUCUAUCCCCACGUACCUGCCUGUCAACUAUCAGCUCCUCAAUGCUGACUUGGGAUUUUUCCUGAAGGAGGCCAACCAGGACUUCAUGAGGAACUCUACCCUGGUGUCGCGGACCGAGCCCUUCUUCAUCUACCAGGCCAGAAGUUUGCCCUCUGUGAACGCCAGCUAUGGGCCCCUCUCUGUGGAGCAGCCUGUCCCCUUAGAGCUCCUGCAGAGUCCGGGGACCUUUCCUGCCUCUUCUCUUUUUACCUUUAACUGGAAGGUGCAGACCUUUAUCAUGAAUUCCCGAAUUCACUUGACCAAGCCCAAAGUCCAGGUGUUGUUCUAUGUUGCAGGCAGGGACUGGGAUGACUACAGUGCCAUCGACAAGCUGCCCUGUGUGCACAUGUUUGCUUUCCAUGAAACCCAGGAGGUACGUGGUACUUGCCAGCUGAGGGGGGAGCUGGGACUGUGUGUGGCUGAGCUGGAGCCACUGGCCAGCUGGUUCAGCCCACCUAGCGUCGUGCCAGGACGCCAGAGGAAUCACGAAGUGUCCGAGGGCACCCCAGUGGAGCUCUACUACGUGCUGCAGUCCACAGACGCAGGGUGCCACUCAGAUGAAUCCAGAAAGGACAAUUUCAUCCGCACAAGUCAGGAAGGGCUGUUUGGUUCCUAUACUUCAACGCCUUUGAGGAGGAUUGGCGGUGUGAGGCUCUACCAGAACCCCACUGAGCCACCUCUUGCUGAACACAGGCUGGAUAAUAACUUUAUGGUCUUGGUGCCAGCCACACCCAUGAGGCAGAGGGAAACUGGCUCUGCUUUUAUCACCGUGUCAGCCUACUCUCCUGUGGAGAUGUUUACUCUCAGAGUGAAGUUAAAAGAAGGCGUGACGUUCCUCGGCGCUCGCCCCAGCAACCCCACCCAGUGGAUAGUUAGUCAAGAUGUGAGGAGCGAAGGCCACCGAGUGGUGACUCUCCACUGCCGCAGGAAGGAGUCCAGCUAUGAUCAGCAAAGGCCUGAGAUGGGAGUUCAGAGGGUGCUCCAGGUGGAUCUGAAAAUGGAAAGCUUCCCAGAGCCGAUGGGCAGCCGCUGGAUGGCCUGGCAGGUGGAAUACCCGGCCAGUCGCGCUGCCACUCAAGAGGUGGAGACAGAGAUCCGCCUGGCUCAGGAGGACGUGGCGGGCAUCGUGCCCCUGGCCAUGGACUCUGAGAUUCUGAACACCGCUGUAUUGACUGGAAAGACGGUGGCUGUUCCUGUAAAGGUGGUGACUGUUGGAACUGACGCCUCUGUUACUGACGUCUCUGAAGCAGCGACAUGUCGCUCAACAGACGAAGACGUGGUCAAGGUGUCUGACAGGUGUGACUACGUUUUUGUGAACGGCAAGGAGAUGAAGGGCAAGGUGAAGAUGAUGGUGAACUUCACCCACGGAUACCUAAGUGCUCAGCUGGAGCUCAACGUGUGGAUCCCCCGUCUCCCCCUCCAGAUUGAGGUGUCAGACACGGAGCUGAGCCAGAUCAAAGGGUGGAGGGUGCCAAUAAUGGCCACCAAUCAGAGGUCGACACGGGACAGCGAGGAUGAAGACGACGAAGACAGGCGAGGGCGAAGCUGCACUCUGCAGUACCAGCAUGCCAUGGUCAAAGUCCUGACUCAUUUUAUAGCCGAGUCAGCUGAUCCUCGAGGCCAGACCAGCUACAUGCUGGGCACCGAUUGGCAGGUGGACAUUACGGAGCUUGUUUGGGACUUCCUCAAAGUAGAGAAUGCACAGGUUGCACAGCUAUUGGACAAGAAGAUACUAGUGGGCCUUGACACAGGCAUGACCACUAUUCAGGUGUUGUCUCCUUUAUCAGACUCAAUCCUGGCAGAGAAGACUAUCACAGUGGUGGAUGACAAAGUGACCAUCACAGAGUUGGGAGUCCAGUUGGUGACAGGCCUUUCCAUGAGCCUGCAGCUCAGUCCGGGAAGUAACCGGGCCAUCCUGGCUACUACAACCACACAGGAAGUCUUGCAGAGCUCCAAACAGGAGGCCUUGAUUAGUGCCUGGCUACAGUUCAGUGACGGCUCUGUGGCUCCACUAGACCUCUACAAUCCGGACUUUUUUGUCCUGACAGCCACUUCACUAGACGAGGAAGUCGUGACAGUGCAGCAGGACCCUUCCUGGAAAUGGCCUGUCAUUGUGACGGAGGCAGAGGGUCAAGGCCUGCUGGUCAGGAUGGAAAUGACUGUUAGUGAAGUGUGCCAGAAGUUCAAGCGACGCAGCAUUAUAGCGGCGGGGAACUGCAACAUCAGGGUGAAGUUUGGCCAUAGUGACAGCUCAAGGGGAGGGAGCAGCGACUAUGGUCCUGAUGGAGAUGAUAUGGAGAACAGGGGCAGGCUCUCCUCCCAGGACAGGACCGGCCUUGACACACACUAUUACGGUAGUUCGAUCUCUGACAUGGAGGAUGGCGUGCUGAAGAGAGCCACCACAACGAGAAGCGCAAUAAUCCGCAGACCCAAUGGGGAUAAGCUUUCAGUGGAUGGUAGCCAGAGCAUACCAAUUGACUUUGCUGACUUCCCCGCACAAGUAGAUCUACCCCGUGGUCGCAAUGUGGACGACGAACUCAUUCAGACUGCCCGAGGGCUCACAGACCUAGAAAUUGGCAUGUACGCCUUGCUCGGGGUCUUCUGCCUCGCCAUCCUAGUCUUUCUUAUUAACUGCAUUUCCUAUACGCUCAAAUACCGUCACAAGGAGCUCUCCAUCGAGGGCCAGGAAAACAUGAACCAUGCUCACGACUGGGUGUGGCUGGGGAAUGAGGCCGAGCUGCUGGAGAGCCAAAUCAGCCUUUCGCCUCAGCAGGAAGAACAGACCUCCAUGAUAGACUCAAGCAGCGGCCUUGAGGAGGGCAGCCACUUACUGAACGGAGGCUCUUCCCAGAAGAGCGUGCCGAGCCUAGUGCAUCGGGCGGCGGACACAGGCUGCAUAGCCAAGGACAGCAAAGGAGACUCCCCCACCACCAAGAGAAAGCGAGUUAAGUUUACCACGUUCACCACUAUCCCCUCGGACAAUAGCUACCCCACUGUUAGCACACUGACUGGAAGCCACAGCCAUGACAUUAAGUGGGUGUGUCAAGACGUGCAGCUUGGAGACUCCAAGGAGUUGCGCAGUUACAUGGAAAGGUUAAAUGACAGUGCUUUAAAAGAGGUGGCAUAAUGUACUGUGUGCACUUGUGACAAACUCACCCAUAUGCCUUCCAGCCAGCGGAGAGUGGGUCUCAACAGAAACCAGAUCCACAGUUGGUGAUCGAGGAGUAAAUUUACUUCAGAAUCAACCCAAACUGCCAAAGGGUCAUUAAACUUUGCGAGAAAUGUCAUGAUUCCACAUAUGACUGAUGAUAAAUCACUGACAAAAAACAUGAGGUGGUUCUUUUGUUUGUCAGAUGGUUGCCACUUAAACAUUGUUUUAUUAUUACACGAUUUAGAAUCGUGCAAGGAUCCCAGAACUGAUCUGCAGCAAAGCAUAUAGAGUUUAAAACGAACAGUGACGUGACUAGAUAGAUAUUCCGAGUGUGUGUGUGUGCACAUUAAAUGGCUUUGGAAGUUCUGUAUCAAUUUUGGAUUUCUUACAUGAGAGUUCUGGAAAGGCCAAAGCAAGUCAAGACAAAUGUGCAUGUUGUUCGGGGGGGAAAAGAAAAGAAAAACAAGAAUGGCACAACUUUCCAGUUCAUUGUCAUCCUCCUUAGCAAGGCAUACGACCUGUUAUGUAUAUACUGAACAAUCUCCAAAGCAUUGUACUGUUGCUCUGUAUAUUGUAUUUUCAUAACAUUUAAGGAAUACACAGUAAUGUCAAGAGUGUGCAUCAGCUUUUAUUGACUGCAGCAUUGUGAGGCAUUGAGUCUUUAGAUUGGAGAAGGUGAAGCCAAUUACACACUGAUCUUUGUAUCAAAGACUAUUUAUAAGAUGUAAUUUACCUACAAGCAACAACACAAUCUAAUCUCGUUUAAUGCUGGCCAUGAAGAAAAGCAUCAAUACUCUCAUCUUGUCCAUUACAAUCCAGUACCCUGACACCACAGCCAGUAUAUGUGAAGGAGCUUUUAAACCAAAUGGCUGACCAUCAUGAUAAUGUGACAUUUCCCAAUACCGCCCUCUCAGUUAAAAGUUUUUCAAGGUUUGAAGAAAAUACCAAUUAACACCUCUGUCCCAUAAUUACACGCAAGGUAGGAAAUAUUACCUUUUUUUGGAAGUGGAUCUUUUAUUAUUCAGAUAAUUGCACAAAUAAUAAUCUUCUCUGAAAACUUCCUAAACAAGGGCAGUCGGCUGAAAAAUUGCAUUUUGCUCAGUGAACGUUAUUAUCAUCACAGUGGUGUUGGGGAAUUGUGUGUGCGUAAGUGUGUUAUUAUUUUCCAUCAAGCAGAGAAAUGUUCACAUUAUGUUAACUGUUGCCGCAGUAUGAAUCAGGUUGUUAAUCAGGGGCAUUGUCAAUAUUAUUCGUUUCAGCAAAUAGUGGCGCUACCUUGAGUAGAAUUGGGGAUGUCGUAUAGAAUAGCUUACUUCUGUCAGCAUUCGGCACUAAAUGGAGCCCCACCAGAUACCUACACAGAGGUUUAGCAGCUUUUCUGGCUAUUUUUCUGCCUAUUUCCCUUAUCGUGUGUCAGCUGAGAAGGUUUAUACCAUUUUCAUGUCCGCACAUUAGUUUAAACAUCACACUACAGAGGCCCCAGUCACAGAAGACCCCCAAGCAAUCUUUAGUUGCUAAGGGAAAUGUGUUUCCCCCAACUGGUUGGCCAGUCAUUGCUGACUGUUGGACCGAAAACCUAUUCAUGAUUACUUUGGUCGCUAGCAAAUUGCCCCAAUCAACUGUAGUUUGCACGGAAGACACCAGUUUGUCUGUAAAGACUUGCUAACUUCUACAGGAGCGGUAUUAGACUUAGGUUGUGCCUGCUGCAUCUGACACAUUUCAAAAGGUCAAAUUUUUACUUUGAAGACUAACACUCUCUGUUUCACUACCAUUUAGCGAGUAGUUGGUGAGCGUUAGCAGACAAGUUAGCCUCUUUCAUGCAAACUAUAAGCAAUAGUAGCAAUCUGCUAGCAAAAAAGUUUUUGUUGCGGCUAACUGGCAGUAAAUGCUACUACAAAAACAUACAGGUAACAUAAUUUUCUUAGCUAACCCAUAUCAAUGAAGAAUAUGUAAUAAUAUGCGUUAUUUUUUAAAUGUAUAACUAAUGUUUUCUGGUGUUGCAGUGUUUUAAGUGCUGAUAUUUCUAAACUGGGGUAAUUCAAGUAGAAAAAAAUUAAGACAUCUAAGAGCAAUGUAACACGCACACACACCGUGAUACACACAAACAAUUAUGUUCUGUCACCAUGUCGUGAUCCGCUUCAUUUUGUGGGGUUUUCCCGCUUCUGUGGCUUUAGCGUUAUCUCCAGGGGACUGAAGCGGGGGUCACAGCUGCUGCGCUCAGUCGGUGGACCGUGAAGGGCGAGGAAUGCCUGUGUAGAUAUGGGAGGGAUUUAACUGCCAGCCACAAGGGUAAUGAUUGAUGGAGGGCCCCGGUUAAUUAAAACACCACUGCAACUCUCUUUCUGCAACCACUGUUGGUGGCUUUAGCCUCUUCAAGUAAAAGCAAUACAACCCAUUAAAGGCACACCACAGUCACCCCCUUGGGCUCCAGUUGUGGAUGUGCUCAUACCUGCUGGGAUGUAGCACACGAAAUAUAAUGGCUGUAUUCACUUCGGUUCAUGGAGCAUGUUAACUCAAGUCUCAUUUUUGUUGGCCUUGAAGUCUUGACUUCAUGAAAAGGGAAAGGAGAAAAAAAAAGCUUCCCCAGGCCUCCAUCUUAAAUGGAUUUUUAAUUAAAUUGAUGAUGUGAGACCAACAAACUCUCACUAAUGGUUGGCUGUGCUCCCUGUGGUCCUAAUGUGCCGAGCCCGUAUUUGCAAUUUCCAAAUGAUUAUUCGCUGUUUGAUUUAUGUUGCUUCAUCUGAAUUCAUUUUACCGUCAGUUCACAGCAGGUUCACGACAGCUAAAUGUACACAACCACCCCGCUGGAGAGGAGCGAAGAAACAGCCGACGAGGUCGGCUUGACAUUCCGGUCCGACCGAUUCUUACAGAUGGAGUCGCAGGGAACUAGAGGCAACAUUGUUUACAACGCCCCUGUGCCAAAUCUGUCUCCUGUAAACACAAUCUCCCACCUGACCAGCAGACCACAUUGGGAAGAUAAACACCACAGCACACAUGAACAAAUGUUCCCUUGUCUUACCAUCUUUGUAAGGUCUCUCAGGCAAAGUCCCUACCCACAAGAUGUAAAGCUCUAAAAGAAAAAAAAAAGGUCACAAAUAUGUUUUUUCCAAAUAAAAGUAAGUAAAUUGUACUGAUUCAACUGCACACUUAGUAAACGAAUGAGUGAGUACAUCAUGAAAUAAUUUGUGUCGGAGUGCUUCAAAACAACCAAGAGUGCGCGUGUUUCUUAUAAUGAAGACAUCACCCAGUGCAGCAGCGCGUGUUUAUCCUUUUGGACAAAAGAGGGUCUCUGUGGCACAGAAAAAAUGUGCUAGUGUGUUAGGUUGUGGAGAUUAUUCAUUUGUAGUCAGUUAAUUAGUUUUUGUCUUUUUUAUGGGAUUUCUUGAAAGUAAGAAAUAAACAACCCUGUGCAGGUAUUUUUGGCCUCCAGAACAAACAAAGUAAUCUCAGCACAAGCUCACAGGUACAGAGUAUCAGCGAUAACUCAGAACUCCAGCAGCUAUAAACAACUACAGUAGCUGGCGAAAGGCUCAGCAGCAUGACUCGAGCACCCAGCCAUGUCAUUUAGAUGUAUUGGCCCACUAGUAAGGGCAACAUGCACAGGGGAGCGACAUAUCAGGCAGUGCUCUCAGGCAGGCUGAGGAAUUUUUCUUCCUGCUGAAGAACAACAGAAGGUCAGAGGGCUACCAAGAUACACCUGGCACAAAUGGUACUCCUCAGACUGGCUAAAAAGAUUUAUCUUGAUACCUGUACUGUUUUAUGGGAGUCAAGUCCCAUUCUGCACAAAUAGGAUACUCUAAACCACGGGGCAUGCACAUAAUAACUAAGGCUGAUGCCGUAAAUCCAGAUGGAUGUACGCUGUUAAAGCGUUUUUACGGUUGCUUAUUUCACACAUCAUCUGUCUGAAUGAACAUCCUCACCUGCCGCCUCGCUCGGUCCUACAGAAAUCAGUCUUACAAGCGACAAGACAAGCACAUUUUCUGGAACAAGAGAUUGGGAGAGGUUAUGUUAUCCUCAGCACGACUUCUUCGUUGGUGUGGCAUUUCAGAAACAUAUCAGACACGAGUUUAACAACCCGCCCCUUGUCCCACUUAGAUUCCCCGGACUCCAGGAUGCCGCGUGAUUAGUUCGAGGUAAAUGCUGAUGAUGAGUACUUAGAGAUGAGUGAUUUGUCUGCUUGGCUGUUUUCUUAAACGUUGUGUGUGCAUUAGCUUAUCCUAAUUAACAUGCAGCGAUACCUCCUAAUCCUCCAAUUACUGGAGCAACAUCUUAGGGAGCAUCUGACGGCCGCUCAUUACACAGGUAAGACUCAGUAAUACAAUUAAAAGCAGCUUAACAUUCUGUAGAUUAGCCCGCCUCGCGCCCCUGAAAAAUCAUUGACAUACAGCACGCACAGAGGUCUUAAUUGAGAAGUAUGGAGACGCACAGACCAGAAUUCACAAAUGAAAACUCUUUAUGGGAUUAAACUUUUUUUCAUUUUGUUCGCAAGGAAAUACUGUUUGAUACAUGUCUGCUUAGUACUAAAGAUACUUGGAGUAAUAGUGCCUCUAAUUAAAACUUACAGUCAUAAUUUAAUCUUCAGUUUCUGGAAGUCUUUCGUCUUUUACUUGAUCUUUUAUCACAACUGUGUCGCACAGACUGCAGACAGAACAGGGAUUCAGCUACAUCCAUAUUGUUUGUAAAGUCCUGUUUUAAAGCCUUCAUUUUAGUGUCUUGGCCAACUGUUGCCAGCAAGCAGUUUUUUUGGGGCCACAUAUUAUCAUUUGGUGUUGUUGUAAGCUAGCGCUAACUUUUGUCCUUUAAUUCAAAGGGGUGAGUUCAAAGGAAAUCUAAUCCCAUGGAGCCGUCCUACAGGUGGAGAGAGAUGGCAGAGAUCAACACUCCACUUUGUCCCAGAACAUAUAGUAAAGUGAGGCAUUGCAUCACAUCUCAAAUCAGAACAUUUUCUGGACAACCAUCUCUAAGAUACAUAAACAUUUUAUGGUCCAAAGUUUGAACACUUAUUAUGGUUACUGUGAGAUUUUAGCUUGAGAUAUAGAGUACUUUUCAAAAUAUAUACAUCUAUUGAGCCACAUUCAGACCAUUUUUUGGGACAUUGAAAUCUGA